AUGGUCAAAAAACCAGUUUCACGUCGAUUCGUCAUUGUAGGAGACGGUGCAUGUGGCAAGACUUGCUUACUCGUUGUCUAUGCCGCGGGCAGGUUUCCAACAGAGUACGUGCCAACUGCCUUUGACACAUUUGUCAAGACCACGCAUGUGGAUGGUCGUCAAGUCAACCUUGAGCUAUGGGAUACAGCAGGGCAAGAGCUGUACGACCGACUACGCAUGCUUGCUUAUCCUGACUCGGACGUUAUCCUUAUUGCUUACGACAUUAGUGACCCGGAGACAUUGGCCAAUGUCCCUGAAAAGUGGUUGCCUGAAGUACAAUACUAUUGUGGCUCCAGCACAUUCUUCCUAGUGGGAUGCAAAAGAGAUUUGCGAGAUGAUCCUGAAACAUUGGAAGCUUUACGAGAGCGUGGCAUGACAACCGUAUCAUAUCAACAGGGCCAGGCCAUGGCUGAUACUAUUAGAGCCAUGGGGUAUUAUGAAUGCUCAGCAAAAUUGAAUCAAGACGUAGCACAGGUCUUUGAACAAGCCGCUCGAGCGACACUCAAUAAACGUUCCUUCAGCUGCGUCCUCUUGUAA